GUGCAGGACAUGCGUGCGUAGCUUCGAUUCACCAAGGAUACAUAGUAGUAAAACAUGCGCAAGUUAGCUGUACUUUUUAACGUAGCCCCCAGUCUUCGCCGCACGGGUGCAUGAAUUCAUUGUGCAUCAAGGCAGCUCCACCCCGGGUCCCACACCUACAUUGAAUAGUGUUUUGAGCUGGCUCGUCUAUAUCUCCACAACUAAACAGCUACAAAUAGCUAAGAUGGACAAACGCUGGAUAACCCAAGAGACCUUCGACGCCGUCGUCAGGGAAAAUAUUGAGGACUUCGAGAUGGACGACGAAGCUGCGUUGACAGAGGCCAUCGAGCAGUUUCAGUCCCAAGGUGUGGACCUCAAUAACAUCGUGAAGGCAGUACCUAAAGCCUCCGAUGACAAAACAGAUGAAAAGAUGCACGAGGUUCUUCAGGUUCUGGAAAAGCUCCGAAUUGCAGCUCUCACACCUUCACAGCAAGCUGACAUCACAGAUGACCUUAAGCGCUUUGCUGAGCAGUGCUCACUCGGAUUUGCCCAAAGGCACUUGGCCGCCCAGAAGGACGCCUAUCCUACAAUCCUCUCCUGCUGCCAGAAGUCGCUGGAUAAUGAAGUUGCUGCCCUGUCGUCCGCCCUUUCUGCCCUUUCAUCCCUGAAUGAUGGGCAGCCAGACCUACUAGAUGAGGAGGGGCGAAACCUCCUGACGAAGGUCCUGCGUGUGCAUGGGGAAGACCCUACGGUCACAUGCCUGGGGGUGCGCACGGUCCGCCACUUCUGCUUGAAGCACGAGCAGAACCGCCAGGACCUGGUGAAGGCCGGCAUGUUGGCAUUGCUCAGUGAGGCAAUAAAACACCACACCGGGCACCCUGAGGUGGUGAGAGAGGCCUGUGCCGCUCUCAGGGUCAUGACCUUUGACGAUGAUAUCCGGGUGCCAUUUGGACAUGCUCAUGAACAUGCCAAAAUGAUUGUCCUGGAGCACAGUGGCUUGAAGGUCCUACUUGGGGCUGCUAAAGCACAUCCUCAGAAUGUCUCAGUCCUGAGCGAGGUCUGUGCCACGCUGUCUAAGCUUGCUGUGAGGAAUGAGUUCUGUCAGGACAUAGUGGACCUGGGAGGCCUGACGUUUAUGAUCUCCAUGCUGGCUGAAUGCUUGGAUCGCCAGGCCCUUGUGAGGCAGGUCUUGAGUGCCAUCAAAGCUAUAGCAGGAAAUGAUGAUGUCAAGGAUGGUGUUGUAGACGCUGGAGGCAUAGAGCUCAUGGUCAUGGCAAUGAACAGACAUAUGUCAAAUGCAAAGGUGUGUGAGCAGGGCUGUGCAGCCAUGUGUGUUCUGGCACUGCGUAAACCCCACAACUGUAAAGUGAUCAUGGAGAAUGGGGGUGCCCUUGUAGCACUUCAGGCUAUGAAGGCCCACCCAGCGGAACUCAUGGUACAGAAGCAGUCAUGUAUGCUGUUGAGGAACCUGGUGUCCCGCACAGAUGACUACAACCAGCCAAUCCUGGAUAUGGGUGCAGAAGCCCUGAUUCUCCAAGCUCUCGCCAGUCACAAAGACCUUCAAGACGAGGGCAAGGCCGCCCUCAGAGACCUCGGUUGUAAGGUGGAGCUGCGAGAGCGGUGGACGGGUCAGAAGGGCGAAAUCUCGUACUGAUGAAGGGGGGAUCUGAGGGACGUCUUAUGGAGAACAGACAACUGUGUCUGAGAGCGGCUGGAUGGAUCCCGUGAAACCAUACUAAAGGCUAACGCUGGCGGCUCAGACUUCAGAGCACUCAGUGUAGGCUAAAUCUAGAAGUGUAACCAGUUAAAAGAAUGUACCUUUUAUGUUUUUAUUUCAUUUGUUUCUUUAAAGGUUGAAAGUGUCCAAACAUCCCUGGCGUUUUUAUGUUUGUGUUUUAGGUUUAUUAUUUGAGGUGUUACUUGUGAAUUAAUUUAUGACCGAGUCCUGUAAACUGCAACACUGCACACAUUUUUGACCAGUCGUAGAACUUUAAAUAUGUAUUUUUUUUUAAAUUUUUUUAUUUUUAAGUGCACUUACUUUCAUCCAUUCUUCCAUUUUGACAGCGUCUGCCUUCAGUUAGACCCACAAUCUGCAGCUUUUAGCUUGUGAACUCAUAUGAUAAGCUCAACCUCAAGAUAAUCAAUCCCAGUAUGUUUCACUCUAAAUAAAAUGAACUAGUAUUAAUCUGAAACAAAUCA